AGUAUAUUUCGGGCAUGGGGACAGCUUGCAAAAGGCACAAUGCGCUGCUCGUGCGACAAAAUUACCCGUCUUUGGCAGGUUGAACAAGGGAACAUCAAACAGGAGAUGAGCUUAUUUCCAGUCGCUUCCGGGACCAAAUCUCCACAAGGGAGUUUGUCCGAGCGCGUUGCCGCUGCCCUGCUCUCGUGAAAUGAGGUGUCAGCCGGACCUGGGUGUUUAUGUACCUGGGCGGGGGCGCUCUCUGUUGGUCGAGUUUUCAUUUAUCUCGUCCGCCUCGUGGCAAAGCCAAACUCUAGUCAUUCUUUCUGCUCCAUCCAGUCACUCUUUUCCAAGCCGCUGCGCUGCUGUCACUCAUUACCUGAACUCGUUGAUACGAUUCAUCACAUUCCUUGUCACAACUAAACUGUCGACUAGAAGUCAGACACGAUGAAGUCCACCAUCUUCUCCAUCCUCCCCAUUGCGGGCCUCGCUGCCGCCGAGUCGUACUGCUCUGUCCAAACUUACACUAAGACCGAGUACGAGACUGUGUAUGAGACUGCUACAGCCGCAAAGGUUGCAGAUGUCACGGCCACAAAGCCCAGCACCUGCUCAAGACCUACUGUCACUGCCACCACCUAUGAAAAGGUCUACGUCACCGUCAAUGCACCUGGUUAUGGUUCAAUGCCUCCAAAGCCUUCGACCUCGACUAGCACCAUCGACGACUACGUCACUGUGACUGUCCGCCCAACAGCUUCGGAAUGUGCAGCUACCCCAUCCUCCGCUCCACUCGCGUCCGCAUCACCCUCCCCUUCCGGAGUUCCUCUCCCAAGUUUCCAAUUGGAGUCCAGCCCGGCAGGAAAGGCCACUUCUGAGAGCAAGACCCCAGUUGCGUAUCCCACUGCUGCUCCGCCCGCUGGCUCGCCAGUCCCGUACCCCUCGGCUGCCUCUGCGGCUGCUGCGGCUGUCUCCCCCAAGGCCUCUCCCAACACCUCUUCCGCAGGCUCUAAGCGCGGCGAAGCUACCUUCUAUGGCGGUAACCUCGAUGGUGGCAUGUGUUCCUUCACAGGAUACACGCUCCCCAGUGGCCUCUUUGGCACUGCGCUGACCGACUCUGACUGGGAUAGCGCCAACGCUUGCGGUACCUGCGUUAGCGUGACUGGUCCUUCUGGCAACAAGAUCACUGCCAUGGUCGUCGAUCAAUGCCCUGGCUGCGGUCCCCACCACGUCGAUCUCUUCCCCGAUGCUUUCAAGAAGCUCGCUGAUCCCUCCAAGGGAAUAAUCCCCGUCUCUUGGGAGGUUGUUCCUUGCGGUAUCACCACUCCCAUUGUCCUCAAGAACAAGUCCGGUACCAGCGCCCACUGGUUCUCCAUGCAAGUUAUGAACUCCAACGUCCAGGUCACAUCUCUCGAUGUCUCGACCGACGGUGGCAAGACCUGGAAGGGCACCAAGAGGCAGCCUUACAACUUCUUCGAGAACUCGGCUGGCUUCGGUACCGACUCUGUCGACGUCAAGAUUACCAGCUCCGGCGGCCAAUCUAUCAUCAUCAAGGGUGUCAGCGUUGCCGCUGGCACCACCAAGGCUGGCACCAGCAACUUUGCUUAAGCGAGGGUAAUUUCAGUAGGUGGAUAGCUGGACCCAAAAAGUUGCAGUAGCUUUAUUCUCUUGAUGAUCGGAUUUCGACGAACCUUUUUUGUGACAUAUUCUUUUCUUUUACAUUUAGCCACUUUUUUCUUGAAUCAAAGCCUUGACUGGCCUUUGAUCGUUAUCUUCUAUUCAUAAAUUAUAUCUAUUUUUCAGACUCAUUUGGCCGUGAAACGCUUUGCUGGGUCUACUUCAUGAAUGAAAGUUUUUUACCUACAAUUUCUUGAUCCCUC